AUGUCGGCGCCAGGCGGGGCUCCAAGCCCAGGCCCCAGAGGAGGGAGCAUGGGACCUGGUGCAAAUGCGAAUGGCAUGUCUAUGCCAUCCCAAGGCUCUCUUCCCGGCACGCCAGUACACUCUGCACCAACCCCGGGACCUAGCGCACCUCCAAGUGGUGCUAUGUCCCAGCAGAACCUCAAUCAAAUUACCUACACCAUUGGCCCAAUCAUUCCUCCGCUCCAAUCCAUCAGGGACGAGCUCCUCGGCCAACUCAAAAGGGUUGCUUCUCUCAAAUUAUCAUCCUCGAUACAUCUACACUACAGUCCCAGCAUGCCACAAGACAGACGCGGUGGCAAGUACGGCAACCCAAAUCGUCGACAUCAUCUGGCUUUCAAGAAGAGGCCUCUGACGACAGAGCACGAACCUAACGAGAUUGCGGAUCCUGCAUUUUCUUCUUCCCAAAGCCCUGGAUUCGAUUCCGGCACAGGGUCUUCCCUGCUCCAUGUCCCCAAACGUCUUCAUGGCCUGCGAUCCCGCACAUGUGCUACCAAUAGCUCCACCUCAAGACGAAAUGGACUUUCAUCUUGCGUUGAUCCAAAGCCACAGCUAUUCUCACUGUUCUCUCACUCCUCCCAAGAAGGCGAGAGCAGAGAAGCCCUCCCCCCACCCUGA